GGUUGCACAGCACUCUUGCAGGGUCACAAUCAACAUUGUCCUUAUAAAUCUGAAUACCUGCAUCUCCUGUGCAUAGCACAUUACUUACCCACCAUUUUCUUCGAUAGCAACUAUGGCGCAGGACGAAUUCCGUAAUGAAGUCAUGACGGACGAGAAGUCAGACGUUCUGGAAGAGCUGGGACGCAGACAGUCUUCUGACUCCCCAACACUGUGUUCGGAAUCUGGCCCUCCGGAUGGCGGGCGUCAAGCAUGGGCAACUGCUUUUGGAUCUUUUUUGAUACAAUUUUGUGGCUACGGAUACUUAAACUCUUUUGGUGUCUACCAAGAUUUUUACACACGAAUUUAUCUAACCAACCAACCACCGUCUACAAUAUCAUGGAUUGGCGCAUUGGGCUUCUUCCUAACCGCCAGUGGCACCUUGAUCUCUGGUCGACUAUACGACAGGGGGUGGUUCUACCAUUUGGUGAUCGUGGGCUCGUUGCUCCAAUCUCUGUCCCUGUUUGCGUUAUCCUUCGCUAAGCCUGGUCAAUUCUACAUGAUCUUUGUAUUUCAAGGUGUCCUUACCGGGCUGGGGGUGGGUCUAACGUUUGGUCCCUCCAUGGCGGUCAUCUCUCAGCACUUCUCGAAAAGACGCACGUUGGUAAUGACUGUUGUCGCGGCCGGUUCACCACUGGGUGGCAUUAAUCAUUCGAUCAUGCUAAAUCACCUUUUGAAUGGUACUGUUGGCUUUGCGGGAGGUGUCCGUGCCAGUGCAGGUUUGGUUAGUGCCCUGUUAUUGAUCGCCUGCUUGUCCAUGCGUACGAGAGCACUGCCGACACCGACUAUCAGUUUUAGUAAAGUGGCACGAAAAUGCUCUCGUGAGGUCCCCUUCAUCCUCAUGACCGUUGGUACCACGCUGUCUCAGAUAGGUUUUUUCUUCCCUACAUACUACUUACAACUGGACUCUAUCAAACAUGGGAUCGACGUACAAUUCUCGUUCUACUUGAUUGCAAUCUUGAACGCUGCCAGUGCCGUUGGACGUUGCACAGCAGGAAUAAUUGCAAGAUACACGGGAUUGUUAAACUUGACAAUCGCAUCUGUUACUGCAUGCAGCGUCAUCAUCUUGUCUAUGAUAGCUCUGAAUAACAUAUUCGGUGCGGUUGCGAUAGGCGUUGCAUAUGGCUACGUUGCUGGAACUUACAUCUCGCUGUUGAUCCCACUGGUGGCUAUUUUGACGCCCGACUUGUCGGAGCUAGGGGCGCGGAUGGGCAUAUGUUUUACUUUCACCGCAUUUGGUGCAUUGCUCAGUGGCCCAGUAGCAGGCGCUUUACUUUCAUCUCAAUAUAGAUGGCUGAUAUCGUCGCUCUUCAGUGGGAUCAUAUGUCUUGUUGGAAGUUUGGUAUUAGUGGUAAUGCGCUUGAUAAUGCACGGGGAAAGAUAACCCAUAGCUUGGCGCGGAACGAGGCGAACUAUUUGUUCUACUAGUGAGGACUUUGGUCGGGGCCGGUAUGUACUUAUAAGCACUGACUAUCUUGCGAUAUGUGAUAGAUGUAUUGAAAACGUGUGCGGACAUAGAUGCCCAUGGUCUACUUAUAUAACACGAUGUUGAAUCAACCCCUAGAUCAAUAAGCA